AGUGGACUUAAUAUCAUAAAAUGGCAGCUAAGAUUCUAUUAUUCCUGUGCGCGGUAGCGACCGCCCGCGCUGGUGGCUUAUACGGCGCUUCAUACGCCGCCGCCCCAGUAGCCUCAUACGCUACAUACUCAGCUGCUCCAGCUUACUCCACUUACGCCGCACCUGCCAUCUCAUCUUACGCCGUGCCCGCUGUGCAGUCGUACGCCGCUCCCGCCUACACCUCGUACGCCGCUGCCCCCGUAGCGUACUCCGCCCCCGUCGUCAAGGCCGUCGCACCCGCAGUGUCCUCCGUGUCAUCAUACUCCAGCCACACAUCCCACGGCACACCCGUGAUCGCUAAAGCCAUCGCUCCCGUCGCGACUUACGCUGCAGCACCCGCAAUCUCUACAUACGCCGCCGCGCCCGCUUACUCCGCGUAUGCCGCACCUGCAGCGUACUCGACUUACGCCGCCGCUCCCGUGUCUUAUGCGGCCCACGCUGCCCCUGUCGCCACUUACGCCGCUGCACCCGUCCUGAAAUCGGUGGCUUACUCUGCUGGACCAGCGGUCGCGUACGGUUCAUAUGGCGGCUAUGGCUCAUACGGCGGCUAUGGCUACAACAGCGGCUACGGUCACGGCUGGUGAUCACUUUACCAAUGUGUACAAAUCUAGUUAU